AUGUGGCCACCCCGGUAUCCACACGAGCGCCUCAUAUCCGAGCAACACGCCUGCAUGCUAAAUGACGCCGUCUUAUACAACCGAGAACGGCUAGACUCCGGUUUGGGUGACGAACUCUUCGAGAAUUUUCGAAACAAGGAGUAUGAGGAGCAAGGCCAGUAUCGAAUUAUCUUGGCCGGCGCUUUGAUGAUGCGUACUGGAGCCAAGAUCAAGGCCAGCCACUUCCAGCACCUGCGCGACCUUGUUCCCAAGAUACCUUGCCAACCCGGCUCUGCCUUGCCAUUCGCGGAUCUAGGUUUCCGAGGCCCCGGAAAAGCUCAGUUUCUCGCUGCACUCGACAACUAUCAGCCAGGAACGCCCCGCGACUUCUACGAGCCAAGGCAAGACUAG